AUGACAGAAGACGUCCAGAACACGCGCGCUGUUGUCGUGAACGAGACGAGCGUGCGGAUAUGCUGGCAGCGUCCCCUGUACGGCAGCGUGUCAGGCUACAUGGUCAAGUAUAGGGCGGCGUUGGAGAACGUAACCUCAACCGUGACCGUGACCACUGAUGUCGCCGACACGUGCGUUCUGGUGCACGGACUGCGUUCCUGGACCGAGUACGAGUACCAUGUGCACGCCUGGAACGACCGGGAAGAGGGCAUCGGCACUCCCGUCGACCGAUUCGCAACGCGCAUCGACUACUCCCUGAGUACUAUCGGCCGUCAUUCCUUAUCGCGUGUCGUAGAUUGCCUCCUGAACGUCUGCCAGCACGGCUCCUGCGAGGGUACCGACGCGGCCCCGGGUUACCGGUGCGUCUGCGAGCCGGGCUUCUACGGCGACGUGUGCAAGCACUUCGACCCGUGCUCGGAGAACCCCUGCAAGACGUACGGCUCGUGCCUCAACACGAGCCACGGCGAGUACCGCUGCGAUUGCUUCACGGGCUUCUCAGGACGCAACUGCUCGGACUUCAACCCGUGCCUGCUCAAGCCGUCCGCUUGCCUCCACGGUGGCGUGUGCGAGUCCAACUCGUCGCACACGUUCACGUGCCUCUGCGUGGACGGAUACUACGGCAAGACGUGCCACCAGCACGACCCUUGCUUCUCGUCUCCCUGCUUGCACGGCGCCCGCUGCCUGAACGAGUCGGACGUGACAUACAGCUGCCAGUGCCGCCCAGGGUACACCGGUAAUCUCUGUGAGGUGGACAUCAACGAGUGCCUGUCGAGCCCGUGCAAAAACCACGGAGGUUGCGAGGAUGGCGUAAACACCUUCACCUGUCGCUGCACACCGGGCUACGGCGGUUCACUGUGUGAGCUCAGAGACACCUGCCCAGAGGAACUACAGCAAACGGAUAAGGGCACUUUUCACUGGCCACCCCUUCCGCAUGGCUCUGUGGCUAAAGUUGAGUGUCCGUACGGAACUUACAACCCGGCCAGCGAAUUCAAGUACGCGCGUCGGAAGUGCCGCCUCCUGGCUGACGGGCAGACCAGCUGGAUGAAGGUUUCGGCACAGCACUGCCGAUACAAGAGCUUCCAGGCGGCGGAGAACAUCACCUCCGAGCUGGAGUACCUCACUCACGAUCCACGCAGCAUCAGGCCGGACCAGCUGCGUGAUUUCGCGGAAAAAAUUGAGUCGAUCGUUGACUACGCCAUCAAGGACAUCAAGAUCGCGCAAGCCAUGAUUCACGUUAUCAGCAACUUCCUUGCUCUGAACGACAGUGUCAUCGAAGAAGGCGACGCCAACGGGUUCGCUGUGGAAAAGCUGGUUUCGGUGGUGGAGCGGUUUACAUCUGAGGUGAUGCUCGGACCCGGAGCGCUGAUCAUCGAAAACGAGAACCUCGUGGUCAAGGCGGUGGCUUGGUCGCCCAGGCUGCUGUCUCAGGGCCAAGACUUCCUCAGCUUUUCGCUUCGCUCGUAUGGGAACCGCCACUUCCACGAGGACUUCUCCAGUGACGGGGACGACCAGGACGACGGCGACAACAUCGUGAUCACCAUACCAUUGGAGGCGCUGUCGGUGGCCAUCAACCGUUCUAUCUUAGCCGCUGGCGAGGCGUACCGUCCCAUCCACGAAGUGGAAAAAGGACCACGCAUCGCGUUCAUCUCCUACCGAAGCGACAAGUUCUUCCGGCCAACUCGCCAACGUCCGGCUUCUCUUAUCAGCACAGGCCAAGUUGUGCUGUCGGCCAAGAUUGGAGACCGCAAGAUAGAAAAUCUGCGCGAUCCCUUGGUCUACUCGUACCCUACCUACAGCUCCGAAAGAUACGUCUGUGCAUUCUGGGAUGAGCGUCGUAAAGAGUGGUCUACCGUCGGCGUAAAGACCAAUCGAUCGGGAAACAUGACCGUUUGCGCGUCGACUCAUAUGACUGCGUUUUCACUGCUUCUGGAUCCUCUACCGGCAACAUCACUGGCGCCCUACAACAAUUGUAUGCUGUCUCAUAUAUCGUACGCUGGAUGCAUCAUGUCAAUCGUCGGAUUGUCCUUCACCAUACUAACCUACUCCCUUUUCAGGUGUCUCAGGAAGGAUCGCUCUGGAAAGAUCCUGCUAAACCUGUGCUCGGCCAUGAUGCUUUUGAACGUGUCCUUUCUUCUGGGUUCGCUUCACCAAAGCUUCCCCGGGAAAGUGCUCUGCCUGGGCGCGGCAGUGGCUACGCACUACUUCUUGCUCGCCUGCCUCGCCUGGAUGGGAGUCGAGGCGGCCAACAUGUACCAGCUGCUGUUGCACGCGUUCGCGUCCUCAGAGACAUGCUUCAUGCUUAAACGCGUCCUCACUGCCUGGGGUAUUCCAGCGGUCAUCGUUGGCACCUGCAUGGCUAUAGAUUUGGAACCCUACAGAAGCCAAGAUGCUUACUGCGUGAUAUCAUCGAGAAACCCAUUCAUCUACUACAUCGCAUUCCUGGGCGCAUCCUGCCUCAUCUUCUCAUUCAAUAUACUCGUCUUCAUCAUGGUGAUGCGUGUGUUCUUCAAGACGCGGAUGGCCGGAGACAUCUCAAAGUCUUCCAACCACAACUCGUCUUCAGCUUCCGGUUCCAGCGUUUCCAACUCUCUCCCCAUCACCGUGGCCCAAGUCCGCGGCGCCUUUACUGUCAUGGCCCUUCUCGGCGUCACGUGGACAUUCGUCGUUUUCGCCGUCAACGAAUCCAGCGAAAUGUUUCCUUACGUCUUCUGCGUGUGCAACUCGGUACAGGGCUUCCUCAUCUUUGUGGUGAGGGUGCUACGGUAUCCGGAGGCCCGGACAGCCUGGUCUCGGCUCGCCGCCACGGGGACGUUCAAGAAGAACCGCGGCGCCGCAAAGCCAGCGGCACCGUGGUGCGCCUACUCCGAUCCUAAGCGCAGCAGUCACUCGUCUGUGGUGCGGGUCACCUCCAACAGUGCGGACAGCACGAGCACCGUGGUGUUCAACAGAAACAUGUGGAGCAAGGGAGUCGGAAACGGUGGCUCAGCCAGUGCCCAUGACUGUCCCACGAGACUUUCUCGCUUUUCCAGCGUCGGCAGCUUGCUGAAGAACUGUACCCUGCAGAAGGCUGACAAAAAUACGAGCACUCUUAAUAGGAAAGAGAAGGCCUCCUCCAAGGCAGUCGCCGACGAACUCGGCGCCAUGCAGAACCACAAAAAGUUCUACUCCUCCGAAAACCAAGUCACGUCUCUCGUACCCGACCUAUACGCUGGUCAGGAGCACCGAAUCAGAGGCAACAGUGUCAGCGUGCCCGACCCGAUGACGUACAGCGAAUACUACUCGCGAAGCGCGGUUACCACGCUAGCUCGGAGCUCCAACCAGAAGGCACACAUUUUGUUCGCCUACAGCGUCGAUGAGGCCACCCCCAUACGCGUCAACGGCGUGUUGCGGUCACCGCUGGACAAGCCGAAACUCGAAUCAUUUAGCACGUUCCAGAGGACCUCUCCCGUGCCCACCAGCACGGCCAAGGUUCCCGAACUGUCCCGGUCGUGGAACGCCUCUGCGGGGAUGGUCCUGGCUGCACCCGUGAAUGGCACCCUACCGGACCAAGAUGUAAUGCGUGUCAAUACGAGUAUGACGGUGACGGAAGAGACAUCAUUCGUGGCGUCAAAGGGAGAAAGCACAGUGGUUGCCUCUUGAAGAGCCCUUAGCAACAAUAACACAUAAUCGCACUGCCUGGGUUGGUGAUAAGUCAGGGGCAGGAGGGGACAGCGUGCCUUCUGUGGAGUAUUCCAUCCCUUGAGGCAGCAAACUAUCGAGCUUUGAAGGGGGUUUAUGCAGUCAUCAUGUCGUCAUUGUUUCUUGUGCAAUAGCAGUGACUAUAUCUGAGCUGUGUACAUAAGAGCUUUGGUCCACUCAGGAUGUGAAGGCGGACCCUGCCGUCCAUAGGACUUUAAACCGCGCAGGUCUACUCAGCACCGACGCGAAUGCAUGUGUGAUCUGUCUUGUACAACUUCUAUGGCUCUAUGACAAGAACUCCAGUAAGAAAGACUGUUGGACUAGAUGGUUUUGCAGUUUUACAAACUCAAAUUAGGCCAAAUGAAGACGGACACAAGGACGAGGGAGCGAAGGACAGGCAAAGACAAGGACAGCGCUUGUCCUUGUCUGCCUCGUCUUUGUGUCCGUCUUCA